AUGUCGCAUCUUCCGGUAGAGAUAAUCACCGAGAUACUAUCCCGAUUACCAGUGAAAUCACUCUUACGCUUCCUCUGCGUUUCCAAGUCAUGGUACGCCCUAAUCAAGCAUCCAGAUUUCAUCAAGUUACAUCUCCACCGCUCCAUCGAGACUAACAGAGAUCGCACCCUCAUUCUCGAGAAAGUCACUGAUGGUUUGCCUCAUUAUUGCUACUCCGUCCAUUUCCCAAUCGAGAAUCACUUCGACAAGGCCUUCAAACUUUAUCAGCCACUGUACCGUCGAGGUAAGCUAGUUAGCAUUUUAGACUGUUGCCACAGUUUGGUUUGCAUUCAUCACUUUACCCUUGAAAUUCAUCACUGUACCAAUGAAAUUGCGAUUUGGAAUCCAUUGAUCCGAAAGUACAGGAUAUUGCCACCGGAACCAAUGUCGAAACCUUCUGGUUUCAACUUUUCUAAAUAUAACGAAAUAGCAUUUGGGUACGACCUGUGUAAUGACGACUAUAAGGUGUUAAGGGUUAUAGCUUUUUAUAACAGAGGUCAGCCUCUAAAGGAGUUUGAAGUGAAGGUAUAUAGUCUUAGGUGGCAUUCUUGGAGAAAGAUUGAAGAACAAUGGCCAAAAAAGGAAUGCACAGUAUCUUCUAAUUCGGUGUCGUUGAAUGGAGUGUUGCAUUGGUCAAUAGCUGAGGAUACUCCAUAUGAUAUGGAUAUUCCACUGGGUGUAGAGUGCCUUCUUGCGUUUGAUCUUGCCAUCGAGAAAUUUUUGGUCUUUAAAACACCGGUUCAACGAGAAGUUGAGUUGGGGACAUGUUUGGAAGUGUUGAAAGGACAACUCUGUUUUAUUGUAACUCCUGAUCUGGGGGCUGAAAUAGAUGUUUGGUUGAUGAAAGAAUAUGGGGAAGCAAAGAAGAAUAGGUGCGAGGGGGUUGAGAUUCAGAAUUUGCCACAUUGGUUUAGGACAGCAACUUGUGUUGGGAGUCUUCUUCUGCUUGAUGGUGAUAAUGUGAUUGAUCCCGGCAGAGCAGAGGAACAGGAGGAAGAGAUGCAUUAUGUAAUCUUCAGGAGAAUUUUGUUUUACGCAUUCUGUGUACAUGAGGUUCUAGUUGUGCCUGAAUGGGAUGACUUGGGAGCUUCAGUUCAUUCUAUGUUGGUGGAAGAAUUUUUGAAGAAUGACUCAUGA